AUGUAUUACAUAUUCACUCAUUCUCUUUUACAACUUAUGGAUAAGAAAACUGGUAGAAAAUCUAAAAGACCUCCACAAUUUGUUAAAAACGGUCAAAAGGAAAACUUGAAAUACCCAGGCCCAAUUUGUCUAGAGGCAUUUGCUGACUAUCCCAAUGUUGGUUGA